AUGGAUCCAGUACAAUCUCAUGGAUCACAAAGCGCUCUUCCUCCUCCUUUCCACGCGAGAGACUUUCAAUUACAUCUCCAACAACAACAACAACAACAGCAGCAGCAAGAGUUCUUCCUCCAACAUCACCAGCAACAAAGAAACCAAAUCGAAGAUGACCAACAAGGAGGGUUAAACAGACAAAUCAAGAUGGAUCGUGAAGAGACAAGCGACAACAUAGACAACAUCGCUAACAACAGCGGUAGCGAAGGCAAAGAGAUGAGCUUGCACGGUGGUUCGGGAGAUGGAGGCGGCGGCUCCGGGGGAGAUCAGAUGACGAGAAGACCAAGAGGAAGACCAGCUGGAUCCAAGAACAAACCAAAACCACCGAUUAUCAUCACGCGGGACAGCGCAAACGCGCUAAGAACCCACGUGAUGGAGAUCGGUGACGGUUGCGAUCUAGUCGAGAGCGUGGCGACUUUCGCACGGAGACGCCAGCGCGGCGUCUGCGUUAUGAGCGGUACUGGAAACGUCACGAACGUCACCAUACGUCAGCCUGGAUCUCCAUCUCCUGGCUCGGUGGUUAGUCUUCACGGGAGGUUCGAGAUUCUCUCUCUCUCGGGCUCUUUUCUCCCUCCUCCGGCUCCUCCUACAGCCACCGGAUUGAGCGUUUACCUCGCCGGAGGACAAGGACAGGUUGUUGGAGGAAGCGUGGUGGGUCCUUUGCUGUGUGCUGGUCCUGUGGUGGUUAUGGCGGCGUCUUUUAGCAAUGCGGCGUACGAGAGGCUUCCCUUAGAGGAAGAUGAGAUGCAAACGCCGGUUCACGGAGGAGGAGGAGGAGGAGGUUCGAUGGAGUCGCCGACGAUGAUGGGAGGACAACUGCCACAUCAGCAGCAAGCUAUGUCGGCUCAUCAAGGGUUACCACCUAAUCUUCUUGGUUCGGUUCAGUUGCAAUCGCAGCAUGAUAAUCAGUCAUAUUGGUCAACGGGACGACCAUCGUAUUGA